CUGUGUGGAAUGGAUCCAGUCAACCACAAGUAUGAUCUCCGACAUCUUCAAAGCCUGUCAUCCACUGGUGAUGAAACUAAUGAAACCAACGAAGGCAACGCAUCUCCUUCACACUUGGCGAAUACCAUAAAUCAAACCUUCCUAGAACCAAUGAACAUGUUCCAACCUCUAAAUUCUGACCACUCCCAAGCCUUAAACGUGUCCGGCACUAAUAACCAAUUACCAUCUACAAUUACCACCACAGAAUCGUAUAUUUUCGAGAAAUUAUCCAGUAUUGUACCUACGAAGGCUCAUGGCCCAGACACAUUCCUGGUUGGCUUCUCAAAGAGAAUGCCGAUGUACUAGCAAGUUCCGUGUGCAAGAUUCUCAAUUCUUCUUAUCUCGGAAAUCGUUUACCCGCUGCUUGGGAGUUGGCAGAUGUAAUUCCCAUUACAGAAGACAGAAGCCU